AUGGCCGGCUGCUGCCUGUCCCUGCCAGGGCCCAUUCCUGGGAUCGUGGAGGCUGUGAAGGACAUCUCUCAUGGGGUGAAAAUCAUGGGGGGCUUUGGGCUCUGUGCGAUUCUGGAGAAUGUUAGGGGUGCUGCUCAGACCCCAGUGGAGCAUUUGACUAUGAUCAGCAGCAACGUGGGCAUGGACCACUGUGGGCUGGGCCUUUAUGGUGGCCAAGCAGAUGACCCGCAUCGCAUGGUCUGCCCGUACGUGGGCCAAGACGCGCUCUAUGAGCACCACUUCUUGGCGGGUGAGCUGGACCUGGAGGUACCCCAGGGCCCUUUGGCUGAGCGCAUCCACGCAGGCAGGGCUGGGGUGCCCUUCUACACGCCCAGGGCCAGCGGGACUCUGGUUCAGGAAGGAGGCGCCCCCAUUAGGUACGAUCACAGCGCAGUGGCUGUCGUGAGUCAGCCCAGAGGGGAGGAGUUUCACGGGCAGCACUGUCUUUUGGCGGCCAUCACCAAGGAUGUUGCUUUGGUGCAGGGGUGGAAAACACUGAGUGGCGAAACGCUAUCUGGGAGUGCCAGGAAGUUCAACCUGCCCGUGUGCACAGCUGCCGAACCUCCAUGGGAUGUUAAAGAAAUGGUGGGUGUGGGAUUGUUUGUCCCAGAAGACACUCAUGUAGGUCACAAUACAGGGGGAAAGUUUGAGAAAAGAGUUGAGUGGUUAACAAUCCAGAAAGAGAAAGAUGGAAAAGCUAGGUCUUUGGAUGAUGUAACAGCUCAAAUCAUCAAACGGGAAGAUCUUGAAUUUGAGGAUGGCAUGUAUGCCAACGUGGGCAUAGGAACCCCUCUUCUAGCCGCAACUUAUAUCCGUCCCAAUAUAACUGUCCACCUUCACAGUGAAGAUGGAGUCCCAGGCGUGGGUCCAUGUCCAUUGGAGGAGGUGGAUGCACAUCUCAUCAGUGCUGGCAAGCAAACCGCCAUCAUUCUUCCCAGGGGCUGUUUACUCUCCAGCGAUGACUCAGCUAGGACCGUGCAGGUUUCCAAAUACGGUGACCUGGCUACCUGGAACCCCGGAAAGAAGGUGAAGGGAAUGGGGGGUGCGGUGCACUUGGUGUCCAGGAUCAAGGCCAGAGUAGUGCUCACCAUGGAGCACUGCACCAAGGCCAACGAACCCCACAUCUUGGAGAAGUUCUCGAUACCCCUGACUGGGAAGCGGUGCGUGGACAGAAUCAUCGUGGAAAAGGCCGUGUGACGUGCACAAGGGCAAGGACUGGCGCUGGCUGAGCUCUGGGAAGGCCUAACCCGGAGGACAUCAGAGAGCGCGGGGCGCUUUUGCCGGCUCACCCACGGCCAGGCCCCUGCAGCAGCUCACAGCCCCCCUGGGAGGGAGCCCUUGCUCACAGAGGCGUGUCUUUCAUUUUAACCUCAGGGUCGCAUCCAGAGGAGUCCGGGAUCACAUUGGUCCAUUUCACAA